CGCCACAGGUAAAGACCACCGGCGUCAUUGUUCUUCAUGUGUCUAUGUAACGUUUACUCAUAAGUCUAUUCCCUAGGCUGAAAGGUAACCAUAAAAAGACUUCCAAGGUAAGCAAAAGUUAAUCAAUCGAGCUGAGUUUCAGAUUUUAAGCGAGAGAGCGCAUUGUUAGUCGCAAUGCUGUGACCACGAUCGAUCACCCCGCCGGUACCAUCACCAUCUGGGUACUUGUUUAUCUUGGAUUUAAAACGUGUAGAACGGUGAAAGGCCCAUCAUAACAACAACACAGCUUGACAUUUAACUGUACUGCACUGUCCACGAAAAGUCAUCUUCGCUACUAUUAAAGGUUAUGGUGCAACUUUAGUUCUUUAACUAAAAUUCAGUUAGGCCUCAAUAAAAUGUCUUCAAAAAUGUUUCGUCUGGCGUCCUACCGCCCACCUUGCUUUUGGCGUCUCGAAGUGACAAGAUCUUACAGAGCAAACAAAGGUUGUUUUGGAUACUUACCAUCAGCAAUUGGAAGAAAGGAAAGGACUCUUGUGGAUGAAACAGAGGGUAUAAUCCAGAAUAAAGCUGAAAAUGCAAAUCUGAUUCGAUUUGUUGAAGCAUAUAGACACUAUGGCCAUGAAAAUGCAAACCUAGAUCCUUUGAAUAUCAGGAAAAGAUGUGAUCUAUAUUUGAACCCAAAUUUGUACAAUUUACAAGAGACUGGAUCAGACAAGUUUUAUAACUUGGCAGGUGUCGUAAAUAUUCCUGAAAAAGCCAAUGGCACUUUAAUGGAUGUGAAAAAGCAUUUGGAUGAAACCUACUGUGGCAUGUUGUCUGCAGAAUUCACCCACAUCAAGGAUGAAAAUGAGAGAAACUGGUUUGCAUCAAAAAUUGAAGAGUCCAGAGCAUGGGUUCUAAGUGAUGAAGAAAAGAAAAAAAUGGCUUUAGAAAUGCUUAAGUCCCAGGCAUUCGAUCAAUUUGUUGGAAAAAAAUUCAUGACACUGAAAAGGUAUAGUGGUGAAGGAGCUGAAAGUAUGAUUGCAUUUAUGGACGAAGCUUUUGCCUCAUCUGCUUCAUACGGCCUUGAGGAUAUUAUCAUGUGUAUUCCACACAGAGGAAGGCAGAAUUUAUUAGUCGGCUUGCUAAACUAUUCUCCUACUCAGAUGUUUUCGAAGAUGAAAGGAAAUCCCGAAUUCAGCUCAGACCUGAAGUAUACGGGCGACGUUCUUUCUCACCUUUACACAUCAACGGAUUUGGAAUAUGGCGACAGAACUUUGCACGUGUCUAUGUUGCCAAACCCAUCGCAUUUAGAAGCUGCGAACCCUGUUGCGGUUGGCAAAGCAAGGGCGAAGCAGUUGCAGCAUAGUGAAGGCCACUAUGGGGACGGGUCCACACAAAUGGGAGAUAAGGUAUUAUGCUUGCAAAUUCACGGGGAUGCUGCAGUGUGUGCUCAGGGGAUUGUGAUGGAAACACUUUGUUUAGCUAACCUACAGCAUUUUGAUGUCGGUGGGAGCUUGCAUCUAAUAGUGAACAACCAACUGGGUUUUACAACGCCUGCAGAGAGAGGAAGUUCUGCAGCAAAUGUCAGUGAUAUUAUCAAAUUUAUUGGAUGUCCUAUAAUUCAUGUUAAUGGUGACAAUCCAGAGGAAGUAGCAAGGGCAUGUAAACUUGCUUUGGCCUACAGAAUGGAGUUCAGGAAAGACGUUAUUGUAAAUCUUUUAUGUUUUCGUCGAUGGGGGCACAAUGAAUUAGAUGAUCCAACUUUCACCAAUCCAUCAAUGUACAAAAUCAUCCACAAUAGGAAGUCUGUGCCAGAUUUAUAUGCAGAAAAACUUAUUGAAGAAAAGGUGGCACCCCCGGAAUUCUUUGCUGAUCAACUGCUGCAGUAUAAUGAAGAACUGUCACAGGCCCUCACGACAUCUGAUAAUUACAAGCCAGAAAAUUUUCAUUUCAAAGACCUCUGGAGCGGGUACCAGCAGGCACGAGAUGAUGCAGUUACAACUUGGAGCACAGGAUGUGAAGCAGAUUUACUUCGAUUUGUUGGAUCCAAGUCCGUGGGAUUUCCUGAAGAUUUCGACAUACACAAUCAUUUAAAGAAAACUCACUGUGACGCAAGAGUCAAUAAAUUAAAUGAAGGCAAGAAUAUUGACUGGGCAACUGCAGAGGCGUUGGCUUUUGGGACACUGUUGCAUGAUGGAUACAAUAUUCGGCUGUGUGGCCAGGAUGUCGGGCGUGGUACUUUCAGCCAUCGACACUGCAUGCUAAUUGAUCAAGAAACUGAUGAGCUUUUUGUGCCUCUGAAUCACAUGACAGAGGAUCAGCAAUCGUUCUUAGAGGUUGCAAACAGUCCGCUUUCAGAGGAAGCUGUCCUAGCAUUCGAGUAUGGGAUGAGCCUAAACAGUCCAAAAAAUCUGGUCGUUUGGGAAGCACAAUUUGGAGACUUUUUCAAUGGCGCUCAGAUUAUCAUUGACACUUUCAUUACUGGUGGCGAAUUGAAAUGGAUUUUACAAAGUGGAAUGGUAAUGCUCCUCCCUCAUGGUUACGAUGGUGCAGGACCUGAGCACUCGUCGUGUCGUUUAGAAAGAUUUCUUCAACUGUCCGACAGUAAAGAAGACGCAGUUGACAGUGACAACAUCAAUUACGCAAUUGCCAAUCCAACAACACCCGCACAAUACUUCCAUUUGCUCCGAAGACAGAUCAUACGUGAUUAUCGAAAGCCUCUAGUUGUUGCUUCACCGAAGCUCAUUCUUAGGAUGCAGGCUGCCACUUCUUCCAUCAGCGAAAUGACAGAGAACACCUUUUUCAAGACAGUUCUUGAAGAUACAUCUAGCAGUGCUGCAGACGUAACUAAAAUGAUUUUCUGUAGCGGAAAACACUACUACGCCCUUGACAAGGAGAGAAGAAACCAAAAUAUAACCAACACUGCCAUUAUCCGGAUAGAAGAACUAGUGCCAUUUCCUGCUGAACGUUUAAAGGAAGAGUUGAAGAAGUAUCCUAAUGCAAAAGAUUUCUUGUGGUGCCAGGAAGAGCAUAGAAACAUGGGUGCAUGGUCAUUUGUUAAUCCAAGGUUCCAAAACAUAUUAAACUUAAAGCUGAAAUAUUGUGGGAGAGACGUGCUAGGCACACCUGCUGUCGGUAUUGGCUCUCGGCAUUCCGAAGACGCAGCGAAGGUUCUCAAAGAAGCAUUCCAGCAGUAAAAAAUGGAUUGUUAUUUAAUAUUGUUUGUAAUAGUCUAUGCACGUUGAUUGGUAUUUUCAUUCACUGUUGUCCGGUGCACACGGAUUUUUUUUUCAAUUUCUUUCAGGCGGAAAAGUUACCCUUCAUGAUCCCAACUUUUCGUCCUGUAUUUAGUUUCGUCCUGAUUUAUUCAACCUAGUUCAUUAAGCAUGAGCCAUUUUUACAAAGCAUUAUAGCUUAACAUACAUGCUGCCAUUUUGAAGGAAUAUUUGAAGUUUCGAAAGAGCUCAAGGAAAACGCUAUCGCUUCAUAUCAUUUUGUUUGAAUUCCUUAGCUAUACAGCAGAUUGACUGUUUGUUUUAGGAGUCGUACUCAAAUGGGGUUUUUCUGUUAGCCACUAAUAAAUCUAAAAUGAUCAUGAAACUCGACCUAUCUGAUUCGUCAAAUGAUGUUCGCUCAAGAUUUGUUAGAGAAUUUGAUGGUUUGUUUGUGGUAUGAGUCUUGUACGACUUCUUAACUUUAUUCUUAUUUUCACUAGUGCCUUGUUAUUUUGUUAUAAUUUGCCCACAGUUAGCUUGUAGAUUUAAAUAACCAUAAUUUGUCCACUCACAAUGUAGUUCAGGUGUUAUGUUUGUGAGUAGUAAUUUUGGAGUCACCAGGCUGAGAGAAUAUAUCUCACCCUUCUCCAGCGUCUAGGAUUUAGAAAUUAUUGUAUUAAAAUCUUGAUGUAGUUGAUCUCAUAAAGCGGGUUAUCAUUAUAGUUCAGUAUUUAAUAGUGAAAACAGGGUAAUUUAGAUCUCGCAAUCGAUUUACAUUCCUCGUGGAUUUUUGUAGUUUUAAACAAUUUAGUUUUUGACAAUCUAGAUUUUGCGUUUUAUUAUGAGUUUUGGACUAAAGCAAAGCAGCUUAUCUUUUCAUAUUCUGCUAU